GCUACUGCAUUCUACACAACUGUUAUCCUGCCAUGUACAAUGUAACCAUUGAAUAAUCUGCGAACCACUAGCGAUAGCCCACUGUGUACUGCUGUACCUAUCGUAUUUUGUGACCCCGGCGCCGCGCCGUACGUUGAUGACGUGGUAAGGCGGCCCUUUCUGACCUUGUUUACAGUGUUAGUGUAGUACAUGUACAUGUACAUGUACAUGUAUUGCCAUCAGCGCUAUAUAGCUCUGUCAUUGACGGUGUCCAUUUCUUUUCCCCUGACAUGACUCAGGAACUGGCACUAAAUAGACUGUGUGGGGAUUCGAUCAUUAAUCAAACUAAACUAACUUUUCGCUCGUAUCCCCGCCCUGCAUAUGCAAACCAUGAGCCGGGGAUCGGGAAUGGCUGGCCGAUCUUAUGCUUCAACUUCGGAGUUUUUUUUCUUCUGUUCAUUUUGUCCAAACAAACAGGGAAUAUCAUUGUGAUGAGAUCAUGAGACUCGAAGCUGAAAACUAUUUUCAACGUUGUGCUCAUUGUACAUGUAGGUGACGAGUGCAAUUAAUGGAGUCCUGUCUGGAAUGUGACUAGAUUUGAAUCAGUGAAGGAGGGAGACUUCAGCGGGGUGACAUCCAGCCCAUUGUAAUGAUGCUUUCAUAGUCUGCAGCAUUCUGUGAAAGCGGAUGGUUGCAGAAUUUGCUACAAAAUACAAGAUAAACCGCAUCAGAGAUAUGGAUAAAAGCAUUCCAGGCAUUUGGUUGUUUUUCCUAUGACAAAACAUUUCCAUCAAGUUCUGAGUUGGAAUGGUCACCAGAUGGUGCAUAUUAGCUGGUGGGUAACAGUUUGCUUGCGAGACCUGAGGCAAAGUCUUUUCUGACUAAAGAAAUGUGCCAAACAUGGUGAAUUCCAGCAAGAAACCGUUUGUUUGUGAGGCCUGUGGUAAAGCCUUUACACAGAAAGGUACUUUACGCGUACAUGAAAAGGUGCACACUGGUGAAAAACCAUUUGUUUGUGAGACCUCUGGUAAAGUAUUUACAACGAAGGUUAGUCUACGCAAACAUGACAGGGUGCACACAGGUGAGAAACCAUUUAGUUGUAAGACCUGCGGUAAAGCUUUUACAAGUCAUAGUCAUCUACGCGAACAUGAGAGGGUUCAUACAGGUGAGAAACCAUUUGUUUGUGAGACCUGUGGUAAAGCUUUUCCAUAUCAUAGUUAUCUACGCAUACAUGACAGGGUGCACACUGGUGAGAAACCAUUUAGUUGUAAGACCUGUGGUAAAGCUUUUACAAGUAAUAGUCAUCUACGCGUACAUGAGAGGGUGCACACAGGCGAGAAACCAUUUGUUUGUGAGACCUGUGGUAAAGCCUUUACAGAGAAGGCUAGUCUACGCCAUCAUGACAGGGUGCACACUGUUUUCUUUACAGAACAUUGCUGCUGCAUAACUUGAAAAUUGACUGGUGCCAGCCAGCUAUGUUCCGACACCAGCUGUACCUGGCCGGUUGUAUGUUCUCAGGUUCUAAUCUGUGUGGC